AAAAAAAAAAAAAAUUCCAGUUUACUCGGAAGUAAAAUUGAUCUGGUUCUUCCCGUCUGUUGCCUCUGCUAACUUUGCUUCCAUUAGUCUCAUGAACGGCGAAGAAACGGUGUAUCACUCAAAGGAUUUUGAUUGGGAGGAACUGAGGCAACGAAUCGAGAAUGAUCCUACCCUUCACUAUCAUUUCCUUCCCUUUACUAAUCAAUCUAUCUCGUCAUCUGCCCUAGACUCCCAAUCAUGGAACCACUUUCACGCUCGUCACUCUACAGGAAAAUUCUUCAAGGAGAGACGGUAUUUGUUAAAGGAAUUUCCUGAAUUAGCUUCUUGCGGGGAGAACUUUAAGGUAUUGGAGGCAGGGUGUGGUAAUGGAAGCACUGCUCUACCAAUCUUACGUGGAAAAGAAAACAUCAUUGUAUUUGCCUGCGAUUGUAGCACAGAGGCACUUGAGAGGGCAACUGAAAUCAUAUAUGCUUCCAGUCUGGUGUUGGCUAAAAGUCGUUUUCGCCCUUUUUGUUGUGAUUUUUCUACAUCUCGAUUCCCAAAGUGGCUGAUUUGUGAUUCUUGCCGUGAAACUUCAUUGAUUAAAGACUUUGAUGAUGACAAGAGAGAUUUGAGUGAUAUUAUAAGUUCAUCAAAGGAAAGUGAGUGCUGCAUAGGUGGUGUGGAUUAUGUUACAUUGAUUUUCACCCUAUCGGCUGUACCAGUUGAUAGGAUGCCCAUGGCUGUUUCUGAGUGCUUUUCUGCUCUAAAACCCGGUGGAUUACUCUUCUUCAGGGAUUAUGGACUUUAUGACAUGACCAUGCUUCGAUUUGAGGCUGAUCAAAGAGUGGGAUUUAGGGAAUACAAACGAUCCGAUGGCACCCGUUCUUAUUUUUUCUCUUUAAAUACAGCCCGAGAUCUCUUCCUAGCUGCUGGUUUUAUCGAGGUUGAGCUUGAAUAUUGUUGUGUCAAGUCAGUGAACAGGCGUAAACAGAAGACAAUGCAUAGGGUGUGGGUUCAUGGGAAGUUCCAAAAACCAUUGUAACUUCAUUUUACACUACGCAAGAUUUUUAACAAAAUUGCAAAUCUUUAUUUUUAUUUAUUUGAUUCAUGGUGUAUUCGUG